AAAAGGGGCUAUAUAACAUCUCUUAGUCAGCAACUAUGUCAUCUACUAGCCAACCAGACUUCGAAUACUGGCCAGAUGAGUUUGGCUACGCCUACCACGUCGAUGAAUAUGGAUAGAGCCAGUACGUCGUCGACGACAUGGACAACCCCGUUCCGUACGACGACGCCGUUGCGUCCGCCUCCGGCCCGUCCCCCUCGGCGCCUGAAUCAGACGGCGGGAAUGAAUUAGACGGCGGGAUUGCCUCAGACGGCUCUCAGCGCUCCAAGCACUCCACCCACUCCGGCUCCUCCAAAAAGUCAAAGGCCCCGGACCGCUCUGGCUCCUCUGCAGAUUCGGAGGCGGAUUCGGGGCCGGACAGCGGCAUCAGCGACAACACCCCUGCGCAUACUGGGUGGGCGUGCUGCCGCUGCUUUGCGGUCAAUGCCACCGAUCAUCUGGGGAUUUGUUGAGCAGAACCCGCAGGGGCUAAACGAAGAGAACGUCAAUGUUGUUCUUUGCUAUCUGUGCAGACAUCCCUGCUGUGCCUCGUGCAGAGAGGUACGCAACCCCUGAGUAGCGUUAACCCCCAGCCUAAGUAAGGCACCACCUACCUUGAUCACAGUCUGAGAAGGCUGGAGAACGCAGGAAGGAGAGGGCUCGGGCUGGAUAUAAAAACGGUAUUGCCGAUUAGUAGUGAGAUAUCGGAAAGUCGAGGAGUUAUAAUCGAGCAGGAGUGAAGAACUGGGGAAGUUUUCUGUUUUCUUUUGUUUCUAGAUCCGGCUUGGCCGACCAAACAGAUUGUCAUUAGCAAUGUCGUAUUUUCGUUACUUCAGCUCAAUUCAGCAGCGUAGCUCGCUUUUCACUACGUAUAGCCUUUCCGGGGCUUCAACACGUAGCCGGACUUCAUGUUGUGUUCAAGACAUCACGUCAUAUUCCACUGGCCUUAUUCUUUCUUCUUAGCUAGA